AUGUCUCUCCAGGCGAUCAGGUAUGACGGCAAGCAGCUGUUGAUCAUCGAUCAACUGCAGCUUCCUUACCUAGAGGAAUACGUAGCUAUUCAUUCUGCGAAAGAUGGGUGGCAAGCGAUCAAAGAUAUGCGUGUCCGCGGCGCGCCUGCUAUUGCAAUUGUCGCAAUUCUAUCGCUAGCGGUCGAGUUGCGUACGUUGCUCGACAGCGAGAAACUGUCGACCAGCUCUCAAGAGGUUACCAGCUUUAUCACCGAAAGAUUGCACUAUCUUGUAACCAGUCGGCCAACUGCUGUCAAUUUAGCCGAUGCUGCUAGGAAGUUUGAGGCCGUGGUCAAUGAGCAUGCGGCGAAAGUGGAUUCCACGGGACCAAGUGUCCUUGAGGCUUAUUUCCAGGAAGCAGAAAGGAUGCUUGCUAAUGACCUCAGUGAUAACCAGAGUAUUGGGGCGCAUGGGUCCAAAUGGAUUCUUGAUCAAGCGUUGUUACAGGGGAAAACUAUUGUUAAUGUGCUCACCCAUUGCAAUACAGGGUCACUUGCUACUUCAGGCUAUGGAACAGCCUUGGGAGUCAUUCGAUCCCUACAUUCAAAGAACGCUCUAGGUCGUGCAUAUUGCACCGAAACUAGACCAUAUAACCAGGGAGCCCGACUUACGGCUUUCGAACUAGUGCAUGACAAAAUCCCUGCAACACUUAUCACGGACUCGAUGGCUUCAGCGCUACUAGCUGACCCUAAAGCAAACGUGUCUGCCAUCAUAGUCGGCGCAGAUCGGGUGGCGGCCAAUGGAGAUACUGCAAACAAAAUAGGAACGUAUGCUUUAGCGGUACUUGCGAAAUACCACGGGGUGAAAUUCCUAGUUGCCGCACCGCGGACAACAAUUGACCGAGCAACAAAGACGGGGGCGGAGAUUAUAAUAGAGGAACGACCCGCGUCCGAAGUGACGACCAUCAAAGGCCCAUUGCAAAAGUCAGCGGCUAGGUCUUUGCAAAUGGAGACCAUCCGUGUUGCUGCUCCGGGAAUUGAUGUAUGGAAUCCUGCUUUUGAUAUCACACCAGCAGUCCUCAUCGAUGGCGUUAUCACGGAAAAGGGCGUUGUGGAGAAAGGCUCGGACGGGUUCUUUCAUUUUGAUUCGCUUUUUGAGGGGGCGUCGCGGUCAUGA